AUGAUCACAUCAAGUCGAUCUGUAAGUGACAUGAAGAUAGAGAAUUCUGACGAUGUUGAAAGAGCAAUCGGUGAUAUGUGUAGUCAUAGAUCUACUGUCUAUGAUAAUAAUACUUCCAACUUGCUGUUUAAACAAGAAGACAGAACAGCAGAAGACGCUCAUGAUGAAAAUGCGUGCCAGACAAGUCGGCUUGUUAAUGUGAAUGAAACUGAAGAGAUAAUGACACAAAAUAACUGGCCAAAUGAUACAGCAGGCAUCACUGCCAAUCACCUUACUCUCCAUCAGAGCGUUGCAAAUUCUAAUACUCUCACUAAUAGUGAGGAUAAUGCAAUGAACCCAACAGGGAAUUCUGUGAAAAUUCAAAAUAGAAAAAGGUAUAAAUGUGAAUACUGCGGUGAAAUGCGGAGUAAUAUCACUGUGCAUCGAAGAAUACACACAGGUGAAAAGCCGUAUCGUUGUAAUAUAUGCCAGUAUGCCAGCACUAACUCAUGGAAUCUUAAAAGACAUUUGAAAGUACACGACAAAAAGCUACAACAACAACAACAACGGUGA